CGGGUGUUCAAAGUGAAUUUGUCUCAAACGACGAAGUCUUAGGCGAAAAAAGUUGGGAAAAAUUCCAAUGGAACCAAUUUUACCAGCAUUUAUUGAUGUUGGAGAGCAGGAACAGGUAAAUUUAAACAAUCUGUUUCAUACAUCUGAUUUGAAAUAAUAUAAGCUUCUUUUAAAUUUCCGAUCCAAAGCAAAUUGACUUUGUCACGUGUCGAAGUGAAAAGCGCACGGUAAAUUUAAGUUGUCCCGAUCUUCAGUAAAACCACCACUUCUUUCAUUUCCUUAUCUUUUCGUUAGUCUGACUUUUUUCAUUAGAUGAUAAAAACUUUAAUCUUUCAACAUAAAGCAUGUAUCUUGUCGAAAAAACGUGUUCCUCAAUUCAUGUGCCUCGAUCGAUGGAUUAAACUUAUUAGGCCUUAGUUAUCUGUAGAUCUUGUACUACAUGUACCUAGACAUCUACAUCUACAGUAGUCUACAUCUACAUUUCCAUGCAAGCUUAUGCAAUUAUAGAUCAUUGCUUUCCUAGAAUGAGGAAUCUUUUCCUCAUAAGUCUUUUGCUAAGUGAUCCCUAAGACGUGCAGUCUGUACCAGAUAUCCCUCCCACAGUGGUUCUUUAUUGACCCUCCCCCAGGACGUCACAAAUCGAUCGAAAUCGAUCAUCUAAAACGUAAUCAAAUAAUCAGUAGUACUCAAUAAUACUCGAUAAUUGUCGAUUGAUUAGUUGUAAUAAUCGAUAAAAUCAAUAAUCACAGAUUUGGCAAGAGUAACUCUUUUUUUUUUCCAUUCGAAGCUGAACUGGCCAGCGGUACGUCUGUUAACUUGUUGAGUUGUUAUGUUUUUUAUGUUUUCAAUAUUUUUCGAUCAAAAUCAUUAAAAUCGAUGGUUUAAUUACUGAAAUUGAUAAAAUCGAUAAUCACAAAAACUCAAUAAAUUAUAAUCGACUACUAUCGAUUUUAAUCAAGUAUCAAAAAUAUCAAUUUGUAACAUCCUACCUCCCCCCUUGCCCCACCCACCCCCUUCCAGAAAAGAAAAAGUGCGUCUGCUCAAACGUCAGCCUCCCACUUGAAAAUCUGUUCUGCCAUCCCUGUGUCUCUGAGCAAGAGGUUUAAUGCCUAAGCAAGUAGAGAUUUAAGAGCAAGUAAAGAGUGAGUGCUUCCUAGCUAAAUUUUCUGCUCUGAUACAUGAACAUUGUAUGUGUAGCCACUAUUGGGACUGAAGAAGCUACAGUCAAACCUCUCCACAAUGGCCACCCUGGGGACAGAAGAAAUUGGCUGUCGUGGAGAAGUGGCCGUUAUGGGGAGGUAGGGGUGUAAUAUGACAGAUUUUUUUGAGGGAGUGCAAGAUGUUUAUUGUGCUCAGUUCAUGCUUACAGUAUCCCAUAAUUGUAAUUCAGUCAUAAAUUAUAUAAUGUAUAGAGAUAAAAUGAAAUGAAAUAAAAAAAGCUUGAGUAAUGUUUUGAAUCAAAAUGUUAACUUGACAAAAUGAGCAAGGUUUGUAACAUUCGCCAUAAGUAUCGUAGACUAUUUGUGCGCAUUGCAGCAGUAUAAAUGGAAGUACACAAUCAAAAUACGAUUGCGACAAUUAAUCAUCAACGCACCAUAAGGAACAACUUUCACGACCAUUCUUGACUUUUUCAUCAGUCAGCUGAUUAAAACUGGCUGUUUUCUAGAGGUUAUUUGGCAGUUGGGGACACUCUUUAGUGGCCAUUGCUGUUGUAGAGAGGUAGUGGUUAGUCAAGGUUCGACUGUUUUACAGGGAACUAAUCCUUAGUUAAAGCUUGACUUUAUUUGUUUCAAUCCAUAUGAUGUAUUAAUUUUCGGCACUUAUGCUUUGGAAUUGUACUUGUAUUUCAUUGAUUGAUAUGAGUUAUAUUUCCUAAAGGCACAGGAGAUUAGAGGUUACCUGAAAUCUUUUGGGGCUGAAAUAAAAGAGGAAAGUACAACUCCACUUCAUGAAGACUUGGAACAGCUGUUGGCAGCCUGUGAUAUCAGUUUUAAAAAUGAGACAGGUGUGUUUGCUUGUAGCUUAUUGUCAGUGUUAACAUUCAAAGACUAGUUCUUAAACCUUUGUUCAAACAGUAUUUGAGGAUACUUUAGAUUUCACAAGCUAAUAUUGUAAAUGUCAUUUAGCUCUAUUUAGAAAGUAUGAAAUGUAGAUUGUACAGCAUCUAGAAGUUUUGUCCAAAAGCUAAGUUUUCCUUGUCACCCAAGGCCAAUGUAAAUUACCAGAUCAAGAGUCCACCAAUGACUUACUAGUGCUACAGUAGUAAGGAUGCAGCCCUGCCUCUCCUCUGUCAGUAUUAUCUUAAUAUAAUUAUUGUAUGUGACUGAAUAAUGAAAUACCACUCAGUUUAUUGAAACCCUUCACUCCUAGAACAGGGUUGUCAAAACUCCUUUGAAUGCGUGACAUAUGAACCCCUACUUGGCGAAUUGGGAGGCUACUUCCUAGAACAUUUCUUUAUGGAUGGAGAUUUUUGCUGGCUCCACCUACUUGGUUACUUUGACAACUCAGCCAUCUACUUCAAAACUUUCUGACAACCCUUUAUGGAUGGAAAUUUUUUAAAUCAAAAUAUCCCUGGACUUCCAAAGAGUUUUUUAUUUGAAUGACAACUCAGGCCAUCACAGACUUCAAAACUUUCUGACAACCCUGCUAGAAGUGCUCUAAGGAAAAUUCCACCAAAUUUCAUUUUUUAAAAUGCUAUGUGAAAGUUCUUCCAAAGUGUAGAAACCCUUUGUGUAACUGCAUACAUGUAUUAAAAUACAAACAUCUGAACAACACAACUAGUUAAGUGAAAAAUACAAAAGCUAUAAUUUAUUAAUUUUAUUGAUUAUUAUUUUGAUCUUUUAAGAACUUGAAGGUGUGAUGAACAGUCUACUGUCCUUGAUAUUGGUGGUUACAGAAAACAGAGAUGAUUUAAUCAGGAAAUUCUGCAACAAAAUUGUUGAAGCUAACUCAGAAGAGGACACCUCAAUGAGUAGACUAAGAAUGUAUGUUAAUGACACUGUAAAUGGACAAUCCUGCCUUUUUUGUGACUACAACGUGUAUAUUGAGCAAAUGUGAUUGAAUUAUUUAGUUUUGUGAUGACUUUGGCAAUAGAUAAGAAUUGUUAUUUUUUAUUAAUAAAUAUUGAUGAUGGUGUAAACCAGGGUUCUCAAUAGAUUUUUAAGUAGGAGGUGAUCACUGAUAAAGUAGGAGGCUCUUCAGCAAAGCCAGAGGUGUCAAAACAAAGCAAAGAAAAGUAUCUAUAAAUUUCUUGGUUAAACACAAUAAAUUAUAUACAUGUUGUGUACAGAGUAUCUGUAUUUCUUGGUUCACUGUAUGUCAUAGUAUGCCUGGAAAUAAUCAACGCAUCCUCACAGAUUCCAGGUCUUUGAUAGGUGUUUUCUAAUCUUAUGUAGAUGUGCUUGUAUCUCUAACCUGCACUGCAAUUGCUACUUUAAACAAAUACAUGUAGUUUGCGUCAAUAUAUUAUAUUCUAGUAUCAUUGUUGAAGCCUAAAGUCCAUGCCUAUUUUUGUUACUAGACUUAGUAUCUUGUUGAAUUGGCUUCAUGAGAGAGACCCAGUCAGAUAUGAUGUUUACUUCACACAAAUCAAGGUGGCAGGCAAGGCCGGAUUAAUUGAUCACAUUGCAGUGCCUUUGGAGCAGGUACAAUAGUUUUAUGUUUUGUAUAAUUUCUAUUACUAGAGUAACUUUUCCUCUUUUAAUAACCAGUUCUCUCUGAGGUCAAUGUGUGGCAACAACAACAACAAUCUUUAUUAGUACUCACUCUUGCUCAAAAAUAAAAUACGACAAUGAAAAUAUUAAAAGUGAAAAUUAGAGUACUGGCCGCCUGGAAUAACCAGAGUAUUAGUACUCUGCGGGGUUGUCAUGAAAACUUCAAGUUGCUGAGAAAAUGGUACAAGUAGGCGGGAAAUCAACUGCUUAGGGAUCUUGUUUGGUUUUAUUUUAUUGUACAUGUAUUUUCCUUCAAAAGUGGGUGAGUUUUUUUUUUUCUUGUACAUGUAUUUUCCAUCAAAAGUGGGUGAGUUUCAAAUAGAAUAGCUGCAGGAAAAAUUCAAUGUUGAUAAUGUUAACACUGAUGUUUUUUGUAAGGUCAAAUCCUGGUUAAAGAUGUGGGAAGUUGAUGGUGAAAAGGCACGAAAAAUGUACAGACUUCUUUUUGAUGCUCUGACAGAAGACAGACAGAGGUAGGUCAAGUUACUGUAGCUUUGUGACAAACAAAAUCAUUGUCAGGUUUUUAACCUCUUCUGAUCCUGCCCACUCUUGUAACUCCCAUGAUUCAUAUCACUUCAUGAAAUUAAUUCAAAUAAAAUCCUGAUUUCUAUGUUUUUGUAGAGUAUGCAAAGCUAUAAAAACACUAAUGCGAAUGCAUAUACUAUGAUUGGUCUUACACAUUUUGCCAUGCAGCCUUGUCCUAGUUAUAAUACAGACUGUCCAACCAUUGAGUACACUGUAUGUAAAAUCGAGAUACUUUGUAAUUGCCGAAGAAUCACGUGAGCACCAACGGGGCACCAAAGGGGUCAGCGGUCAUUGAGCGAGAUGGCCGCGAAAUUUAAAGCUCUGUGUUGAAGAGAAAUUAAAUUAAAGUUUCUUUUCCAGGGGUUCUGCAACUAAGAGGGCAUUCUCCCCAGAAAAAGAAUGCAGAAGUAUGUGCUUUUUUUUGAUGCUUUGAAAUUUUUACCAUAUAUUUUCGUAGUUUAUAGGGUUUAUACUUUUCUCUCUUUUAACCUAAAUAAAAAGAAAAUAUGUAAUUAAAAUUUCCCCCUCUAAAUUGAUUGUCAUUUAUUUACAAAUAGCAUCUUUCUUUUUUGUUUAUAAAUGGCUAAAAUAAAUAAAUGGAGAAAAAAAAUAAACAAAAUAAACAAAUAAAACCAAAAUUAUUUUAUUUUAUAUGUUGAAAUCUUGAUGCUUUGAAUACCAUUUCUUGUGCUCUGAGAAGAAAAUAUGUCUAAAAUGUUCCUUAAAUUGAUUGAUAAAUUUAAAUUGAUUGACUGAUUAAAUUGAUUGCAUGGCUUUGCAUACAAGUACUCAAUUUUAUUAUAUAUUUCACGCAGUUUUUUAAAUUUUUGGGAUAUCAGUUUAAGUUUAGUAUAUUCUGUUAGGUGUUCUUGUAUAAGUUUCAGAAGAAUUCUUUUGGAAAUACAAUAAUGAUAAUAAUAGUAAUAAUUUAUUUCUAGUGCAUUACAGUAAAUCUCAAUGCUCUUACAAUAUAAAAAAUGUAUAUCAAAGCAAAAAAAUACAAAAAUUCAAGAAUAAAAUUAAUGUACAAUCCUAAUUGAAACCUCAAAAUUGAAUAAAAAUGUCUUAAGUCCACUUGUCUUAUCACAGAGCGAGCAAUAUAAUUCACCAUAGCUAUACUGGGUUAAUGCAGUAGGUAGCAAGAUGAAAAAAAUGCACAAAUUCUAGUGGUUUGCAUCUUUUCUCCUUCUUUUGUACAGUGAAGAAGCAACCAAAGUAAUGGUUGAGCUUCUAAGAACAUACUCUGAUGAAAAUGCUUCUGAAGUAAAGGAUGAUGCCAGGAACUGUGUGGUGAGCCUGCUGGGGAGACCAAACGUUUUGAUAAUGGACUUCCUCCUUGCCCUUCCUCCAGUAGCUGCAUUACAGGGAGAACCAAUCUACCAGGUACAUGUACACAGGGUUCGUAAAAGUCAUGGAAAAACUGGAAAGUCAUGAAAUUUAGACAUUUCUAGGAAGCCAUGCAGUUUCAAAUUUCAUUUUCCAGGCCUGGGAAGGUAUGGUAUUCAAUUGCUAGUUCUGGAAAGCCAUGGAAAAUUUAAGUUAUGUUUUGUAGGUUAGUUACUACAGAUUUCAAAGCCAGGACAAUGUAAGGUAAAGAAGUGUAAUUAAACAGCAUGAGUAGCGCACAUUUAAUUUUGUUAGACACCAGAGUUUUUGUCUUUGGGACUGAUUAAGACUGGCCAACUGAAAAAAAUACCCUAAAACAAGGAAGGGUUUUUUUUUAAUGUUCCUAAGCAUUACAUAAUUAUAUCCUCCUUUUUAUGAGCUUGUGUUUUAUGUUACAGCUGCAGUGAUAUUAGGAGGAGGAAUUUACGCUUAUAGCUGUUGGGGCUUAGAAGAGCAGGAGAGCACUUUUUUAGCCUGUUCUUAAAAACCUUUAUAACCGUUUUUUGAUUCUUGUUUAGUGUUAACGGCAUAUUUGUUACCAUAAAAAGUUAUCAUGUUUUAUUAUGUGUUUAAGCUUCUUAGUAUAUUUGUUUCUGGGCGGCUGUCUGACUACAGCACCUUCUAUGAAAAGAACAAAGAAUUUGUGGAUUCUUCUGGUAAGUUUAACUCACACUGUAAAUCUUUUCCUAUUGAAAAAACAUCAUCAAUUGAAUUCUAAAAAAUAUGGCCGGUUUCGUUAUUUAAGGCUACAGUAUAUUUGGGCACUGAAACUGUUUCCUGUUGUCUGUUGCUAUAUGGAUGGCAAUUAUGGACAUUGCCUGCGUGCAGACGUCUCCUAUUUCCUUUGUUGCACGCGGAAAAGGGUCCCUUUUCCACGUGCAACAAAGGAAAUAGAAGACGUCUGGACGCAGGCAAUGAUGGAGAUGGAUUUAUUAACUUAAAAAAAAUUGGGCCAAGAAUCGGCCGACUUCUUGGUUUGCGAUUUCGUUGAUGGCUAGAUGGUUUGGUGGCGAGAUGAUCGUAAACCAUUUGAUAUAUUUAUAGUAAGUAGCAAAAUAUGAUAAAGGUACAUCCAGAUCUUUAAUUUUUUUGCCAGGUUUGUCCCAUGAAAACAACGUACACAAAAUGCGAGUUUUAACAUUCAUGUCCCUUGGCGAAUCCACAUCAGAAGUGAGCUUUGACGAUCUCUGCAAGGAGCUUAAUAUUGGUACUGAAGAAAUUGAGGACUUCAUAAUUGAAGGUUUGUUUCAUUGUUUUUCAAUGUUUGUUUUCAUUCGCGCUGAUUAGCGGAAAUCUGACAGCUCAAUUGACGGGGAGCCACAGGUGAAUUGGAGGUGGAAUUCAAAUUCCAGAGACAUAGUUGCAUAUUCUCCUUCCUUUUUCCCAGUAAACAUGCACCGUUCUAUACCUCUUAUUUCACUGGUCCCGUUUAAUCUGCACUUCCAUUGUUUUCAAGGAUAGGGCAUCGUUAUGUGACAAUCCCUAUUGUUUUCCCAGCCAAUCAAAAACAAUCUUUCAAAUAGGUGCGGGAUCGCCCCUUUCCCGCCCCGCCGCCAGAGUGCCCCGGGAAAGCUUGCUCGCAGGCUAAAGGAAUUCGGUAUCCCUCUAACAAUUGGAAUCUGGAAUCUGGAAUCCACCUCAUGGAAUAAUCCAGAAUCCAAAGACUGUUUUGGAUUACCUCUCAUGGGGCGAAUAGUUUGUUCAUUUGUUUGUUUUGUAUCUAUCUUUAGGACCCAGAGAACUGUCCGUAAUUUGGGGAGUUGUCCUCUGAGCUUUUCACUGUAAUAGUACUCCGUAUAUUGUUCGUUUUUUAUCAGAACAGGCCCUGGUUGUUCAAAGGUUUGAUAGCACUAUCCACAGGAUAAAUCACUAUUCAGCCAAUUAGCCUGAGGAGAACCAGCUGCACUAUCCGGUGGAUAGAGGUUUAUUCGGUGAAUAGCAUUACCCACCUUUUGAACAUCCGCGGCCUGCUCAAAAAUCGCAGCAAAUUUUCAUGCGCAGCGACAAGAAUCACCUCGCGCGUGUAUCAGCAAAGCGGAAAUUUUUGGUGUAACAGUUUUGUUUGUUUUCUGUCUUUCAGCUCUUCGUUCAAAACUUAUCCGUACAAGGAUAGACCAAGUCAACAAAAAAGUCAUCAUCAGGUACCAACCCUUUAAAUUUGUUAAUCAAAUCCUCUCUGCUCCUUUUGUAAGAAAUAUAUUGACAUAAUAGAGGGGAACUUAGAUUUUGAUUUUAAGAUACUGAGCUAAACAGGGGGCUUUCUCCAUCCAUAGCCGGAUAGCCCUCUGCUCUUUGAUCAAGUCGAACUAAACUACUUUCUCAAUGUUGAGCCUCAGUCUGGGUAUUUCCGACGAAAGAGAAGUCGCGAUGAUGGCUAUUUAAGAAGCGACGAUCUUAGAGAUGAAAACGGUGAUCGCAAUGCCAUUUCAAUCCAGUUUGACAACGUUAGUCGUGUGAUGUUUGCUCAUUUUCUCUUUUCCGUCUUCGUUUUGGUUCCGCUGAGCUCGCUAAUAGCCUUACCACGAAACGCAAUUCUUGAUCUGCGACGAUUUCGCCUGAAUAACCAACGAUUUGAUGGAAAGCACGCGACGCAAACGACGUCACUGCACAGGGUACCCAUAAAGAGAGUCAAUGUUCGUAGCCUGAGUAGCAAGCGUUUCCGUUUGGUUUCGGGGCAAAGUAAAGACCGAGGAACGAAAUUUUCGGGUUUUAGCCGCGCGAGAAAUGGUCGCGCGGUCUUUGACUCUCGUUCCUCGUAACUGCACGGAAACGUUUGCUACGCAUGUAACAAUGUUCGCGACCUUUAGAUUUGUUAAUAAACUACUGCCGACGAAGUUUUCAACCAAGUUCGUUUGCAGGUUACAAUGUUCGGGACCUUUAGAUUUUUUAAUAAACUACUGCUGACGAAGUUUUAAACCAAGUUCGUUUGCGUUAGAUAGUCAGAUUUCACAGCAACUGUAUUCUUUAAGUAUCUCUAAUUUCUGAUUAGCAACAGCAAAGGUUGAUAAGCUCUGCGGACAAAACUGAUUCGAAAUCCAGAUUCGAACUGGUAUUCAGUCUCGUAUCCGACCUUCGAUAUGAAGGUUGUCUUACGUCAUGCCAGUAGCCUGCAUAGCAGUCGUCUCUCCUUAUCUUUAGCCAAGUGUUUGAAGUUUGGAAGACGCGCAAGGCAAGAGGUAAAAAGAAGCAAAACAAUUUGGAUCCUGGGGGUGGGGUGGGAGAGGAAAGGAAAUGCCUGUGGUGCCAGCAUAUAAAAAAAUCGCCGUAAGUCACCAAGUUGAACUCUUCAGUUUGGGGUAAACUAUAAAGAUGUUGGCCUUCUCCUUGUUUCUUACCAACGCCCCAUUCUGUUUACAGCUCUGCAACUCACCGAACAUUUGGAACCAAUCAGUGGCAAGAACUGCGCUCUCGCUUGGAGGACUGGCGGCAGAAUCUACGGAGCGUGCGCACCAGCAUGCAGUCUGUUGUGCCCAAUGUAGAUGUCUAAAUUAAGCUAAUAAAAGUUUUCUGACGG